AUGGAUACGUCGAACACUGAACAACUUCAUAUAGGAAGAAUACCAUCUACUAGCACAGUAGUAUUAUCUCCUGAUGAGAACUUUGAAGAAUUCACAUUGAUCUGGCUAGACAGUGAUGUAAAUAAGACAACUGAUUGUAUUGAUACGAAAGAUAAAUUAAAGCAAUUAAUACAUUUUGUGCUAACAUUUGAUAAUACUGGUACAUGUUUAGAAUAUAUGCGUUCUAUUCAUACAGAAAAGAUUCUCUUUAUUGUUUCUGGAAAGUUAGGAAAAGUGAUUUUAGUAGAUAUACAAGAUCUACAUCAAAUAUUAUUUAUUUAUAUCUUUUGUGAAAAUAAAAUGGAACAUGAAAAUUGGUCAAAGAACUAUCCAAAUAAAUUACAAGGUGUAUUUACAGAUAAAGAUGAUUUAUUAUCAAAAUUAAUUGUUGAUUUAAAGAUAAUUUCGAUGAAUUCAAUGCCAUUUAGUGUAUUUGACUUGACAACGAAUGAAAGUACUAUACAGGAUUUAAACAAUGAGAAAGUAACAUUUCUAUGGUUUCAUCUCCUAAUAGAAGCUUUAUUACAAAUUAAAUAUGAUAAUAUAAAUGCUAAAAACGAAAUGGUUCGUGAAUGUUGUCUGUAUUACAAAAAUAAUAAACUUGAGAAAGAGAGAAUAUAUGAAUUCAAUAGUACAUAUAUUAGGAACUCAGCAACAAGAUGGUAUACACGUGAUUGCUUCUUAUAUCGUUUAAUUAACAAAGCAUUACGUACGCAAAAUAUCGAUAUUAUUUUUAAAUUUCGUUUCUUUAUCAAAGAUUUAUACAUUCAAUUGAAAACUGAAUAUGCAUUACAGUUUAAUAAUGGUGAAAUACAUUCAUUUAGUGUGUAUCGGGGUCAAUUAAUGCCACUUUAUGAAAUAGAAAAAUUACAAAAAAAUAUUGGUGGAUAUUGUUCUAUUAAUACAUUUUUAUCAACUACAACUUCAAGUAUAGUAGCUGCUAGUUUUGCUGGAAGUGGAGGUGGACGUCCUGUAUUGGAAUCUGUUCUUUUCGAGAUAAAUAUCGACAUAAAUAAUGCUAAUAGCAAUAACAGUUUAACACCAUUUGCAAAUAUUGCAGAAGUGAGUCAUAUCAGUGAUGAAAAGGAAAUACUAUUUUCAAUUGGCACUGUCUUUAAAAUUGAGAAUGUUGAACAACUUUCAGAUGUCAUUUGGAAUGUUGAAUUAGUUUUAAGUGAGCAAAUCGAUAAAAAUAUUCAGAAAUUAAUUGAAUUUUAUAAACAGAAAUUACAUGAAAAUAAUACAGAAGCAUCGAUAUCUGAUUUAGCAUGGUUUUUAGUUGAAAUGGGUGAUUAUAACAAAGCAGAAAAAUAUUACCAGCUUUUACUCGAAGAAUUCCCGAAGAAUAAUAAUUUUUCAGAUGAAAAUCAACAGAUUGAGAUAGGACGUCUCCAUAUCGCUAUUGGACAAAUCUAUUAUGAAAAAGGUAAUUAUGAUCAAGCAAUGAGAAAAUAUGAACUGGCUUUAGCAAUAGUUUCACCAUAUUGUGUAUCGACAACAGCAAGUAUUUAUAAUAAUAUGGGUCUUAUAUAUAGAACACGAGAUGAUGAUGAAAUGGCAUUGAAAAUCUAUGAAAAAGCUUUGGAACUUUGUUCUACUUUACCAGAAACAUUUACACUUGCUAUGAUUUACAAUAACAUUGCAGCUAUAUACCAGAAAAACAAGACUUACGAAAUUACUCUUGAAUAUUAUCAAAAAUCACUUGCGAUUAAAAAGAAAUUAUGUCCACCUAAUCAUCCGUAUUUAAUAACAAUAUAUAAUAAUAUUGGAACACUAUGUUUUGAGACAGGCGAAUAUGAUAUGGCAUUAGAAUACUUUAACAAUGUCUUAAAUAUGGGUUUAUCCGUAUUACCUGCGUUACAUAUUGGUCUUGCUUCUAGCUACAAUAACAUUGCAACUGUCUAUGAUGAGAAGAGUCAGUAUUCGAAUGCACUCAUUUAUUACUACAAAGCUCUUGAUAUUUAUUUGGCUAAUUCUGUAUCGAAUCAUCAAGAUCUCUCUUCCGUAUAUACGAACAUCGCUUUAAAUGAAAAAUAUACUGGCAACUAUUUAGAUGCAAUCGCACAUUAUCAGUUGGCGCUUGACAUUGAACUGAACUAUUCCAAUAAAAAUGCUCUAACUAUUUCUGACUUAUAUCAACUGAUGGGAGACUUAUACGAAAAAAUUAACAAAUCACAUGAAGCAGUCGCACAUUAUGAGAAAUCGUUAGUAUACCGUAGUCAAUCGUCAGUCUCUAGCAGUGAUCAAGAAUGGUUUAUACAUAUGCACAACAUUAUAGGCAAUUCCUAUAAAUUACAAAGAAAAUAUACUAACGCCUUAGAACAUUAUAUAAAAACAAAGACAUUAAUGUUACAAGUCAAUAUAUUAAAUAAUAUUGAUUUCGCUGCGAUCUGUCAUAAUAUAGCAAAUACCUCGCUAGAGAACGAUGGUAACAUUGAAAAUGCUUUAAAAAUUUAUGAUGAUGCAGUCGAUUAUUUAAACUAUAUUCAAGAAUUCACAAGAGAACACUUUCCGAUUGUUGUCACAAUAUAUUACAAUAUAGCAAAAUUGUAUUUCGAGAAAAAGAAUAUUGAUAUAGCUCUUAUCUACUACCAAAAAGUUCUUGAAUUGAGAUGUUCAUAUAUGAUAGAGAAUGAUCCAUCCAUUGGAACUACGUUCAAUAAUAUCGGUAUGUGCUAUAUACAAAAAGGAGAUUUAAAUCAAGCAAUAUUUAAUUUCAAACAUGCAUUAGAAAUUUAUUUAUCAAAUGGUGAUUCAGAACAAUUAAAUGUAGCUUUAUGCUACAAUAACAUAGCAAUAGUUUUCAUAAAUCAUGGAAAGUACAUCGAAGCAAUCGAAGUUAUGAAUCGUUCAAUUGAGAUCAAGAAAACAGCGUAUAGAAAUAAUCUGGUAACCUCUGAGUAUUUGGCUUCGGCUUAUAAAUUUCUAGCAACUAUUUACGAACAAAAUAGAAACUAUCUUUAUGCAUACUUAAACUACAUAGAAUCUCUGAAAAAAUUACUGACAUCUGAUAAUUGCUCUAUGAUAAUAGAAAUACAUAGAUCAAUCGGACGGAUAAAUAUGCAAGCUAAACGUUAUACUGAAGCAAUUAAUCAUUAUGAAAAAGCCCUUGAAAGAUCGUCCAAUCUGGAUGAGUUAAUCAUUUCGACAAUUUAUAAUGAUAUAGGUUCAGUAUAUUGCAGUAUGAAAAAUAUGAAAAUGGCAUUAAGAUAUUAUAAUAUGUCGCUCAAUAUUCAAUUGAAAAAGUUUUCCACAUAUAAUGUAUCAAUUGCAAAUACUUUUAAUUUGUUAGGAGAAGCAUAUUCUCUGCUUAAUGACUUUACUGAAGCGAUUAUUUAUCAUGCAAAAGCAAUUAAAAUUAUCUUAUCUACUUCUAUUUCUAAUGACAGCUUUUGUUGUACAGAAUUAAUAACCGCUUACAAUAGACUUGCAUGCAUUUAUUGUCAACAGCGCUCUUAUCAAGAAGCUCUAUUAUACCUUGCUUUAACUCUUGAAACUCAGUUUAAAUAUCAAGAAUUAAAUGCUAUGGAUGAUGAAAUUACUAAUAGAAUAGCUACGACAUUCACCAGUAUAGCAUCCCUCUACUGUCUACAAACCAAGUAUAAUGAGGCUUUAUUAUAUUAUGAAAAAGCAUUAUGUUAUGGAUUAAUUCAAUUAUUUAAAUUUGGUGAUAAUAAACGCUCUUUAUUGAGUAAGCUUGUGCGUAUAUUAGACAAUAUUGCAUAUGUGUGGUAUAAAAAAGAUGAUCGUUCACGAGCAUUGUCGUAUUUACAAGCUGCCAUUCAAAUCUUAUUCAGCUCAACAUGUCCAGAAGAUCAAAAUUUUGUUAUAGAAUUAAGAAAUAAAAUUGAAAUAAUUAACAAACAGUUGUGGAUUCUAGGUGACUAA